AUGGAUACUUCCAACUCCCGAGAGAUCGUCUUGGCGGUUUGUAACAGCAUAAAUCAAAUCGUCCCCAAUCCUGUAUCCAACGACAAUAUCGAUGAUAAAUCAGAGAGGGUUAUUAUGAAUCAAUAUGAAAGAAAGAAAAAGAGGAAGACAAAGACGAAGUCAUCGACUGAUGAAUCAGUUUAUAUUGUUGUUGUAGAAGCUACUGAUAAUGCUACAACUACACAUGUCAAUGAAGAAUUACCACCUCCCCCCAAAACCAUCAAUAAAAGGAAAGCCAGUUUCCUGAACCUAACAGAGUAUGAAGUGUUCAUGAAACACUUGAAAGUGAAUAAUGCCGAGGGUUAUGUAAAUAGGGAAGAUCCUCCAAAGGAGGCAGUUGGGGACACUUUAGAUAGUGCGGGCUUGAAAAUAAAUAGUCCUCUAGUUGAAGACUCAUGUGAGGAUUUGGAUGCGAACAAUGAAGAUAGUCCAGCACACUCUAUUGAACGGAAUGAUUCGGGCUGGGAAACCAAAGCUUGUGAAGCUUCUAAAGCUGAUGAAUCUUCUAAAGAUAGAGAGAGAGAAAUGGAGAAGAAGCAGGUGGAGAAGAGAGGCGGCGGCAAAGAGAAAGAGAAAGAGAAAGAGCAGAGUUAUAAACAAUGGAAGUCACUUGUCCCUAUAAUCUACGAUUGGCUAAUUCAUCACUCUCUUCUCUGGCCUUCUCUAUCAUGCAGAUGGGGUCCCCAGUUAAAAAAGGGUUCUUACAUGAACAGCCAGCGCCUUUACAUUUCCGAACAGACCGAUGGUAGUGUGCCAAACACACUUAUUAUCGCAAAUUGUGACAUUGUUAAACGUAGGGUUGCUUCUGCUGAACAUAUUGCACUUUUUAAUGAAAAGUCCACUUCUCCCUUUGUGAAGAUAUUCAAAACAAUUAUUCACCCUGGAGAGGUGAAUCGAAUCAGAGAACUUCCUCGAAAUAACAAUAUUGUGGCAACUCACACUGAUUGUCCAUAUGUUCUAAUUUGGAAUGUUCUGAGUCAGCCUAAUCGACAAGUUGUGUAUGGAGCCCAUAAGUCACAUCCAGAUUUGGCACUUAUUGGGCAUAAAGAAAAUGCAGAAUUUGCUCUUUCCAUGGGCCAAACUGAACCUCUUGUUCUCUCUGGAGGUAAGGACAAAUUGGUGGUUCUAUGGAAUAUUGAAGAUCAUAUCUCUACCUUGGCCUUAGAGACACCAUCGGCUGGGGGUAGGACUAUUAAAAAUUUUACUACUCUCAAUCCUCGAGGUACCUACCUAGGACAUCAAGAUACAGUUGAGGAUGUACAGUUUUGCCCUUCAAGUGGACAGGAGUUCUGUAGUGUGGGUGAUGAUUCGUGUCUCAUACUUUGGGAUGUAAGGACAGGUUCAAAUCCAACUAUGAAGGUUGAGAAAGCUCAUGAUGCUGACAUUCAUUGUGUUGAUUGGAAUUCACAUGAUCUUAACCUUAUUCUGACAGGAUCAGCUGAUAAUACGGUAAGGAUGUAUGAUCGUAGAAAACUUACUUCUGGAGGGGUUAGAUCACCUGUUCAUGUAUUUGAUAGUCACAGUGCUGCUGUUCUGUGUGUACAGUGGUCUCCAGACAAGGCAUCAGUUUUUGGAAGUUCAUCCGAAGAUGGAACUUUGAACUUGUGGGAUCAUGAAAAGAUGGGUGGAAUGCAAGAACUCGCUGGAUCAUCAAAUUGUUCAUCGGGCUUGUUAUUCAAUCAUUGUGGUCAUAGAGGUAAGGUUGUGGAUUUCCAUUGGAGUUCUUUUGAUCCUUGGACAAUUGUUAGUGUGUCGGAUAAUGAAGACAGUGUAGGUGGUGGUGGUACUUUGCAGAUAUGGAGAAUUAUAGAUAUGAUUUACCGACCAAAAGAGGAGGUUCUUGCUGAAUUAGAGAAUUAUAAGUCAGAUAUAAUCAAUUCCAACUAA